AUGGUCUCAUCAACCAGUCCACAGAGCAAAUUUAUCCGCAAAAACCACUUCAAUAGAGCCAGGAGAACGCCACCAGUUGCCCCUCAGCCUACACCUCCUACCACUGCCCCUGGGUCACCAUCCUUUAUCCCCAUUCCUGCUCUAUCAGUGGAUGAGGAAGCUGCACACAUACAGCAGUCCGAAAGCAUUGAGAGCCUUGCUGACGACCACGCAUCUCCCCGAUCUCUGCUAUCACUCCCGUCCUCUAGUCUACCAUCACACGGAAACCUCCUAGCUCUGGUGAUCACACCCAUGAACACCAACCCCGAUACCUCUCAGCUCAAAGGCAACAAGGUUGCGGCCUCAAACAAGAAACCAGCUGGUCUUACGAACCCCCCUGGGGCCGGCCCCCUCCAACCCCAGAUAUACAAAGCACCCGACCAAGGCCUUUCCUGUGCCAUCAAAGUCAAAUGGAACAAGAAAAAGGGUACCAAAGCUUGGGUCUUCUUGCACUCCCCCCGCCACAAGCCAAAUAAUCAAGAGAAGCACAACAAGGCAAAAGCCCUCAUAGGCAAGAUCAUGCACAGAGACAUUGGGGACUUCACCCUAAGCCAACCCAUUGCAGACACCUCCAAUGACAAACCCCCCAUCAACUCAGCAUACCCCCACUGCUACUUGCUAUCAGCUCCGGAGGACCCCUCCAUUGUAGACUCUGUCCUCAAUUUUGGACCCCUAGUCUCCACGGAGGAGAUCAUGCUCCAUAUUUGUCCCUUUGCACCCAGCAACCCCAAGUUCAUCGGCACAGUACAGCACUUUAACCUCACGAGCAGCAAAGCUGACACCGAGAUUGUUGAAACUCACGUCCGCAAACACAUCAGGGGACAAGCCAACAUCAGGGCAACCCUUGAUAUGCACUCCACAACAAAGGAUCCAAAGGAGCAGGACCAAAUUGUGAACUCAAUCACCGCUGUUCCCUUCAGCAUCAACACAUCCCGCUCCUCCCAAAUGCUGCUCUGGAACAUCUAUUUUUGA